AUGGUGCAUGCCAUCUAUAUCGACUUUAAAAAGACCUUCGAUAGUGUGCCUCACCACCGCCUUCUAUACAAACUUAUCCGUGCAGGAGUGCGAGGUAAGCUUCUGAUGUGGAUUCGGAGCUUUUUAAUCGGCCGCUCUCAAGCCGUCCGCGUCGGUGACCAACAAUCUGCCGAGUUUGUCGUUAAGAGUGGUGUUCCCCAAGGCUCUGUUCUUGGCCCUACACUGUUCCUCGUAUACGUCAAUGACUGCGCAAACGAACUGAAUUGCGAUGUCGCAACGUUUGCCGAUGACAUAAAGAUCUGGAGUAUCAUACGAAGCGAAGUUGACGAGGCGCGACUGCAGACAAGUCUGGACCACCUCGAGCAAUGGUCGAAAGACUGGCUUCUACCGUUCAACGUAAACAAGUGUACUUUCCUACGCGUCGGCAGCACCAGUUCUCCUAACAACACGGUCUACCGUCUGAAUGGCAAACCACUGCAAGAAGUCGACGCCCAGAAGAACUUGGGUGUAUGGAUCACAACCUCGCUUAAGCCUUCACUACAAUGUUCAAAGGUGGCCAAGUCGGCGAUGUCCAUUCUAUACCUCGUCAAACGGGCGUUCUCCUUCUUUGAUGAAGACUGCUUCGCCAAGGUCUUUCAAAAUUUUGUGCGACCGCAUCUGGAGUUUGCUAUCCAAGCAUGGCGACCCUGGACCGCUAAAGACUUGGGCAUACUCGAAAAAGUUCAACGGCGAGCAACGAAACUUGCAUCUGGGCAGUGUUCACCACCCUACGAAACACGAUUAGCUAAUCUUGACCUCUUUCCUUAG